UUCUCUUUGAUCUAUUUUUUAAACCGGUUCUAUUUUUUAGACACGAUUAUUUUGCACACCACCGACUUGCGGCAUAUUGACUUUUACUCAUUAGAAGCUAUGGCAACAAUGCAGAGACUACCUGACGAGACUGUGCGGCUGAUCCGCUCUGGCGCCGCCAUUACGGAUAUCGGCGACAUAGCCAUGGCCCUGCUUGACAACAGCAUCGACGCGGGCGCUACCAGGUUCAGGUUUGAGAUGUCACUCGACCAGUUUUCCGUGGCUGCCAGGGAUAACGGCUGCGGCAUUCCGGCGGCCAGCAUGGACGUGUUGGGCCAGCGGUACUUUACCUCAAAAAACUGCCAGGGCUGGGACCGACGGCACAAACUGUUGCUUGGCAAAAAAACGAUCGGAUACCGUGGCGAAGCGCUGGCAAGCAUUUCUCAAAUUGGAAUUGUUGAUAUCAUCAGCCGGGACAGCGAGUCAAAAAGGGCAUUUCGCUGCACAGUGCGCAAUGAGAAGCGAAUCUUUGGCGGCAGCUGUGCAUUGGAUUUGCUAGAUGGGUACAGCACUGUUGUCAGCGUCACCAACAUAUUUGCAUCCCAUCCAGUCAGACAAAGAAUUGUUGGCGAGACAGCCAAGCGAGUGGCAGACGACAUCAGAUCCAAAUUGCAGGUUCGCUCGCUGGGUUGUCCAGAAAUUGCGAUCCAACUUGUAAAAUCGACGGAAAAUACGGUUGUAUUUUCAUAUAGCUCGACAUUAUCGCUGAAUCAGCGCGUAUCGCAGAUAUACGGUCCGUCAAUUGCUCACGGUCUUGACUUUAUUGCCUUGGAUUACGAUGACUACCGGCUCUACGGAUCAAUGUCCAGGACACCCAUCCUCAAUCGCAUCCAGCAUAUAUUUGCCGAUGGGUAUGUGUGGGACUCGCCAGAACUAAUCGGCAUCAUUCGUUCGGUGUUAAAGAUGAGCGACUACACGAACAAGACCAACACCAUUGGCAAUCUUGAGUCAUCUACCCGGUCGCGGGUGCUUCAUCCAAUGUUUAUUCUGACAAUUACACGACGCUGCGCCAAAGACACGCUCUCAUCGUGCAUUGACCACCAGACACGCAGAGACAGUUUUGAGGUCACCGCCGAGAUCAAGCAUCUUGUCGUUGUGGCUUGCAUCAAAUUUCUCCGCAAGCUGGGCCUGAUGGACGACUCGCAAAUACAGUCUGCAAUGUUACUUGUGUCUGGCCCAAAGCAAUUUGGCACGAAAAGGCGGUUUGAAUGCACACCUGAAGGCAUAAAUGCCACCAGCGAAAGACUGAGCGCAGGAGGCAAAAGGCAAGACACACUGCCGAGCGUUUUAAGGACGGGCUUGAUGCAUUGCACAAACAGCAGGUUUCCAAUUCACACUAGCUCUCAAUUUCCGAGGCAAAACAAUUGUGAAAGUAGUUGUGCGUUCCCGGGCUCGUUCGGGACCAGAGUGCGGCACGAGAUACCAUUUGCCGGGGCCAUGAACAGCAGCGACAGCAGGAUCCCAAUUGAUAUUGCAGCGCUCCAGGUCAUCGGGCAGGCGGAUCAAAAGUUUAUAAUGUGCCGCGAGCCUGCCAUCUGGCUGGUUGCCAUUGACCAGCACGCGGCUGACGAGCGUGUUCGCUUGGAAACUAACUACAGCAAACUCAGCCGCACAUUGGACGCAAUUUCGCGCCUGCCGCUCGCACACCCGGCGACAAUGGCUGAUGGCGUCAGCCUGUUAAUUCCGCCGGUGCUGGUCGCGCUGAGCAAGCACAACUACGAUGUGGUUAUAGGCCUGCAGGAGAGGCUGCGGCUGCUGGGCAUACAGCUGGCGACUCCCGAGAUGGCAGAGCCGGGCAGGCUGGUCAGACACAGCGACACGGCAGUCCACAUCACUUGCGUGCCGACGGUGCUGGCACCCCGCCUGCGCAGCUCCGGGCAGGGCGGCGAUGGGUUUGCCAAAGAAUUUUUGGUCGCGGCCGCCGGAUGGUGCCUCGAGCACCACGCUGCGGUAAACACGCGCCCAAUGAGCCUGCAGCGCGAAGCAGAGGCAAAUCUCGACAACGCCUGGCCGGCGCUGGUCAGCGUUCCGGGCAUAUUCUUGGACACACUCAAGUCGAUCUCAUGUCGAGGCGCGGUCAAAUUCAACGAGUCCCUGGACCUUGGCGAAUGUCGGGCAAUCGUGGAGCAGCUGGCAGCGUGCAAAUUCCCCGAGUUCUGCGCACAUGGAAGGAAGUCCAUCGCACGGAUCGCCAGGCUCGACUGUAUGACAAGCAACCGGCGCGCAGACAGCGCGCCCGGAUAAAUUGUUAUUCCAGCCGCCAGAAGCCAGCAUAGAGGAGAGGGGGGAAGGGGAGGGCUGAUGCGGCCGGGGGAACCGUUUUUCCUUAAUCUCAGAUGGGAAAAUGUAUUUCCCCUUUUGCGAUCCAGCCCGCCAAUCCUGCACGCUGCCAGGACCAAUAGCAGACGUUGACUGUUCCAAUUUUGCUAGCGGAGAAACUAGGGGCCGAUCUCAAAAAGGAGCCUCAAUACACAUGUGACGAGCGCCCAACCUGUGGCAAUUCGUGCGUCAGCACAGAGCAGCACUUGCAAGCAGCAAUUUGGACAAACACUUUUUAUUACUUCGUCGGCGGUUGGAUGAGGGCGCAGGCACGAUUAACGCUCUUUGUUGUGACUCACAGUGCCUAGGCUCGGGUCUGACAUGGCAUGAUAUGGUAUUAACCACCGCUUCUCCCGCACAGCCCAAACAGGAUAAAAGGACGCUGCUCGCAGCUAUAGUACCCACAGCACAGACACAC